CAGCAUGGGAACUUGUGCUGAGCAGCUUGCUGGCCUGCUGGAACAAUUUCACUUUAAUACUUAGUAGUAGUAAUAGUAAUAGGCGGAAAGACCAACAACAUGGCGCCCUGGGAUGUAAUGCACCAGGCAGAACGCAACGCCAGUUCUAACCCUCUGCACGCUCUGGUCACUUGCUGCGAGAUCCAGCUCCACAACCUUCACAACAGCAUGCGCACCUGGCAAAAGAGCUGGCAAGCGGGGCAGCAUCCAUUUGCAAAUUUAGAGUACAGCGAUGAUGCUCCAGGGGCCUCAUGGAACGCCACUGAUCGAUCUGUCUCUGGACGUUCAGCGGAGCCAGGAAGCCGUGUCAAGGAGGGGAAAAGCUCGGACGAGAUCUCGCCUUGUUGCAUGACGAGAGGGGGCGGAAGUAGCGGCCGAUCAGAUCAUUCACUUCGGUGGCGAAGAGAAGAACGAUCCGCUUCUUUGGGAGCAGUAGAAGAAAAAGGUCGAAAAGGUCAGGCAAGGGGCGUUUUGAAAGGCAUUCGUGGUCACAAUGGAGGGGAUCAAAGAAAGGGCAAUCUUGACAAUCAGGAUGGGCAGCAACUGCAACUUGGGGCCGCCCGCCUCUCGUUACUUCCCUUUGCUAGCAUCAAUGUCCCCAAGAUCCUAAACCCGCACCUCCUUGGGGAUCCCCUCGCCAGCUGUCGCCACGCGGCGCCGCCAGCAGCGCAGCUCAUCGACAGAGUCAAACAAGUGGCCAGUUCCGCCCUGCUCAAGAGAUCUGCGGUCUUACCCGAACCUGAUGUGAAGCUGUCACAUUGGGAGCCUUUUCAGGGGGACACCGUGGCGGUUUUAGUCACAGUGCCCCGACCCCGGGGGCUGAUCGACCACUUUCAUCUAGCCAUGAGAAGACAAUUCCCCGCCCUUGGGCCGUUAGUUUCGGUGGCAGUUGAGAAGGAGGAUGUUCCGGCGUUUCCCAGGGGGGAUGACGGCAGCUGGCGGGCGUUGAUACCGACCACCCCCCUGGACAAGUCGGGAACGAGGGAAUUGCAGGUGCUUGUGCGGGAUGGCCGCCACUCUUUGUACGACCGGGUGAUCUACCUGAAGAACAGGGACUACAUCAUUGAGAAAAUUCGGUUGCCGGAGCGCAAGUCUGGGCUGAUAGGUGGCGCAACCUCAAAGGAGCUAGCUGCGAUGGGCGCCCUCCGGACGGUUCGGACGCCACGUCAGCUGUGGAGCGGUCCGUUCCUGCGGCCGUCCGUUGGCCACGUGACCACGGACUACGGCGUGCAGCGGUACUUCAACGGCCAGUUCGCGGAGGGGUACUACCACCGGGGCGUCGACUACGGCGCCGCGACGGGCUCCCCAGUUGUGUCUCCGGCCGGUGCGCGUGUGGCUCUCGUCGGUCGGGAGGAGGACGGGUUUCGGUUACACGGUAACUGCCUCGGGUUAGACCACGGUCAAGGGGUGGUUAGCACGAUGCUUCACUUGGACAGAGUUCACGUGAAAGAAGGGGACGUCGUGAAAGCGGGACAAGUCCUCGGGACGGUUGGGGAGACGGGGAUCGCAACGGGGCCGCAUCUGCACUGGGGUUUGUACGUGAACGGAGAGUGUAUCGACCCAGAGCAGUGGAUGCAACCUCAAUCCUGGUUGUAGGGGGAAAACGCGCUCGUUAUGUGGAUUCUUCAUCGUUAAAUGUAGAACGAAACGCAUGCAGAGCAGAUUGUGCGGCUCACAAAAUAGUAAGAUCUGUAAUAAGGUUUCCAAAGUCUCAGAUCCUAAUAGGUGCCCGACUUUGUCGUAAAAGCAGCACGCGCUUGGGGCUCUGCAGAGGUGAUUACUAAGGCGGCUACAGCACACAGCGCGUGCUGCGUGAAUUACGCAAUGUGCACCGCACAAUUGAUCUUGACUCCCAUCAGCUGGCAUGAACUGGGGCAUCCAACAGAAAAAUGAAUCGCGGUUUGGCCGCGAUGGCUGACCCGCCUACUUUUCCUAUAAACAUUUCCAGG